AGUUUCUGUUUCUGUAUUGUCUAUUGUGGCAACCCUUGAUUGGGUUCUAUUAUAUAUGUCGUCACCGUCAUCUACGAAACCUAAAGCGGAGAUGUCCAUCUCUAAACUCGAGACGAGCUCCUGUUCCUGUUCCGAGACCUAUUCAAGUGCAAGGGGCUCCAAGGGCUCUUCAGAGGAGGAGGAGACGGAGGCCCUCCUGAAGGUCUCACAGUUUCAGGAAGGUGUAAAGGGAAUCGAGAGCCACGACUACUUCUGGGACCAUCCUACGAUACACGACGGGUCCAUUCCGGUGGGCCCGAGUGGGCCCUUGGACCCCCGAAAGCCCUCCUGCUAUAGCCCGUUCAUCGCUCAGUGGGUUAAAUGGAUUCUAACUAUCGUCGAGGGGGCCGUCAUAGGAAUAUGUCGUGGCGUAAUUCUAAUUGGUUCUCAUUGGUUACUAGUUGGCAAAACUGAUGCUAUGAUCCACUGGCUCAAGUCUGACAACCCUGGCUGUGCUAUGCUCAUCUGGAUAGCCAUCGGCGUACCACUCAUCUGCUUCAUCGGCUGGGGUGUCUCCUACAUGUCCCCUCUUGCGGGUGGUAGCGGCAUCCCAGAUGUGAAGGCUUAUCUCAAUGGCGUCAUGGUGCCCAAGCUGAUGAGGUUCUGGGGGAUAGUCUGGCGUAUUCUUGGUCAGAUCGUAGUGGUCGGCACUGGACACUAUGCAGGUAGUGAGGGCCCUAUGGCUCACCUCGGUGCUAUCGUCGGUGCAGCAGUCGCACAAAUGCAUGCUAGGAACAAGUUCUACUUGAAAGCACUGUUACCGUUCUCAACACAGAAAGUGAAGGAUGAGUUUGUGUCGAUGGGCGCCGGCAUGGGUGUAGCUACAGCCUUUGAAGCUCCUAUUGGAGGUAUGCUGUUUACAAUAGAAGAAGCAUCAACAUACUGGCCACGCGAGCUGUACUGGAGAUGCUUCUUGGGCUGCAUCAUCGCUAGUUACAUGACUCGGUUGACAGCGCAGUACUUCCAGUGUAAAGUGGAAGGCUCAUGCGUUAACCUCGCUGGUGGUAUGCAGUUCCCUAAUGCAGAUGAGAGUUACUUCCACGUUUGGGAGUUUGCUUGCUUCAUCCUUCUAGGUAUAUUCUUUGGCCUCAUGGGUGCUAUCUUUUGUCAGGGCGUGCGCUACUUUCAAUACUACAGACGGGUGUUCUUUCAUCUCUACUCCAAUGGGAAGGAUCGUCGGAGAUUCGGUCAGGUGGUCGAAGCUGGGUUGGUGAUGCUCAUCACCAUCUUGUUGGCUUAUGGGGUAUCUUGGUCUGAGAUGGGCGCGUGCAAACCACUGGAUGGACAGAGCUAUAUUCCUAACGAUGGUAUACAAGCGGCUAUGUGCGAUGAAGGGGUCGAUAUGGGCUACUACAACCCACUGGCGGCUAUGCUCCUCACUGAUAGGGACACUUCAGUGAAGUGGCUAUUCUCACCUCGAUUAGGCGAAGCGGAGUUCCCACAGGGACAGUUGGCAGCUGCUGGCUUCAUCAUAUUCUUCCUCACUCUACUGACGUAUGGUGUUGCCAUCCCUGCUGGCCUGUUCGUCCCCAACAUCAUGUUGGGUGCCUGCUUUGGCCGACUCUUCGGGCUGUGGGUCGGCGAAUGGGCCUCCAACCCUGGUGUGUACGCUGUUAUGGGCGCUGCUGGUAUGAUGGCUGGCUUUACUCGUAUGACCAUCAGUCUUACAGUCAUCGUCAUUGAGCUAGUCGGAGACCUGCGGCUCCUCCCUGCAGUGAUGGUUACUGUGGUGGUGUCGAAGCAAGUGGCUGACAUGUUCAACAAAGGGGCAUACGAUAUAGUGUCUGAGCUACGUGGAUAUCCCUACAUUGAGGAGCUCAGCAUCUACGAUGAGCGUAACAUGGCUGGCAAGUAUGUGACAUACCGGAUGUCGGCGGCACCACUGUCUGGCUUCGGCGAGGUCGAGACCUUGGGUAGAAUCCAGGAGGUCCUCUCGACCUGCACUCACAAUGCAUUUACUAUUGAGGAUAGCAGCCAUAGACUGCUCGGUAUAGUGAUGCGGGCUAAUAUCGUUGAUUUGGUGAAAGCUCAUGGUGGCGCCGUCUCCGCUUCUUCCCGGCUGAACUUGCUCAACAUGACUAAUCGUACUCCAACGAUAGUUUCCGAGUUGACACCCCUAGCACAGGCCUAUACUAUAUUCCGUAACUUGGCUCUGCGGCAUAUGAUUGUUGUAGAUAAGGAUGAUGCCAAUCAUGUAGUGGGUAUAGUUACUCGGAAGGACAUCGUUGAUAGUAUGGAAGAUGCUGCUGAUGAGUUUGGGAAACCUGGGAAGAGCGAUGACACUGUGUCGCAUUCUUCCACUGCCGCGGCCUCCCGAACAAGUAUUAUUGAUGAUGUUUUGUGAUCUGGCUUGCAAAACCAUAAGAAUUUAUGCUUGCAUUGACGUCUAUUUUGGUGGUGGCACAUACGUGAUGUAAUGGUGUACUACAUUUCACUCUGUGUUUGCACUAUACUUCCACUCUCCAUCAUUGUCUAUAUUCUCCUUAGAAGUGGGGAAGGCAUUUCUCUGUGAGAGCAGCGGCUACUCCGAUUCAUAUUUCCUUGUCUUGUUGCUAUCGGUACUCUGCGGGGUAGGAGGACAACACUGUAGACGACAACUGUUUCGAUGCGGUUAGUUGCUCUAUUUCCCACGUAUGAGUUUGUUCGUGAUGGA